AUGGAGGAAGAAGACAUAGAAGUUGCCAAUGAUGGUCGUGACAACUGGCAUGUUGACGAGAGUAGUGACGAAGAAGAGUUUGAAGACUUCGAUACUGACUCAGAUGAAGAAGAACUUGACUUUAUGCUGCGUAUUUGGCGUGGAGGAGGUAGGGGAAGAGGUAGGGGCGAUUCUACAGGUACUCCGUCCCCAUCUACUGCUACACCUAGCCGACCUACACCUACUCCAUCUACUGAUACACCUAGCCGACCUACACCUACUCCAUCUACUGCUACACCUAGCCGACCUACAUCUACUGCUACACCUAGCCGACCUACACCUACUCCAUCUACUGCUACACUUAGCCGAGCUAUUACUAGCCUCCCUACACCUACUCCAGGAUCUAGUAGUGCUUCUGUACAAACAGAUGAGUUUGAGUCUGCAAAUGUCCGUGGCAUCAAUGCUCCAGAACAUCUUCCAGCCGAGAGAAUGAGGAUUGGUGUUACAUCCAACGAGUAA